AUGCAGCUUGGGGCGCGAAGCGCUCUGCAUGAUGACCGCGUCGCUGCUUUGCUAACGGCACUUGCGUCUGCGCCCCUCAAGCGGGAGCCAGACUUGGACUGGGCAGGACUCUAUUCCUCCGGCAUCCAAUGUUCGCCAUAUGUUGGCCCCGUGGAGGCGAGGCUUCUUGAAGGGCGGGGCCUUGGCCUCGUCACAAGCCGCCCAGUCCAGGCAGGUGAACUACUGCUGUUGGAGGAGGCUUGGGCAACCUCCAGGAGUUGUGGUGCCGCUUCAAGCGCGGCCUUGCCAGAGUUAACCGAAGCCUGCAUGCAGAAGCUUGCAAGUGCACAGAUCAACGAGCAGGCUUUAUUCUGGUCUCUCCAUGGACAGGCUUCCGCUAGUGGGACAAAGGCCUGGCAAAAUCCCCAGCUACGACUUGCAAUCUUCCAGAAGUACUUGUGUCAAAUGAAUGACGGAAGCGAGGGCACAGAUGUCAAGCUGCCCGCUUUGCCAGACAGACAGCUGCGCAAUUCAGUCACUUCCAUAGUCGCCUCAAACAGCCGAAGAUCGGAGACCUGGAACAGUCUUACGCUACUGUUGGAUGAAACACAGGCUCUGGGUGGACUCUGGUUUGCCGCGUCUUUAUUCAACCACUCCUGUUGUGCAAACGUCACGCUGAGCUACGGCUGGUCCAAGGACCGUCGCAUCAUUUUGGUGGCUCGUGCUGCUGUUGAUUUGGCGCAGGAUGAGGAGCUGAUGGACACUUACGUUUACCCAUUCGAGACCGUCGUCGAGAGGAGAAGAAGGUUGCAGACGUAUGGCUUCUGCUGCUCCUGCAACAGAUGUUCGGUGGAGGCUCCACUGGCUGCGGAAGCCGGGAAGUUGGCUGACUUGCUGGAGGUGGAGCUGCAGAGCUUGUCUGCACUGAGAGGUCGUGGCGGUAAAGCCAGCGAGAUGACAGAGGUUGUUGGCAGAAUCAGGAAGGCCCUGAACAAGGUGUGCACCACGGCUCAGCAACUGUCGCCAAGCGAACAACCGCUCUGGAGGGCGCAGUUCGUGUGGGGUUUCCACGGUUUAGCCAUGGCUGCCCAGGAUGCCGGCAUCUUUCAGCAAGCGGUCGAGGCCUUCCAAACCUGCACUGACCUGGCAGCUCUCAUAGCCCCAAGUUCAGAGUACGAGUUGAAGUACCACAUGAUGCUCACUCAGUGCCGUGCCAGGCAGGCGCUAUCGACACCUCCGCGUAGCCUUGCUAAAGACACGGCGACUGUGUUGAAGGAGGGGCUGCGGCGGGCGGAGGAGGCACACAACCGACACUAUGGCGGCGGAGGACGCCACUUCUUGAGUCGAAUGCAGAAGAGGCUUCAAGACUUCCAUGCUGCCCUACGCCACUGCGCAACGCGAUAG